GAGGGAGGAGAGAACCGGGGCUCGCCGCGAGCCUUCGAGAGCAGCGGCCGCAAAGCAGGCGGCAGCAACGGCUGGCGGGAGCCGCGGCUGCAGUCUCGGGGCCAAUCCGGCGCUCAUCCCUGAGCGCCCUGCGCUAAGGAAAGCUCGGUGGGUCGCGGGAGCCGCAGGACAGGGGUGGACAAAGCAAGAUGGCAGGAAUCUUAGCCUGGUUCUGGAACGAGAGGUUCUGGCUCCCACACAAUGUCACCUGGGCGGACCUGAAGAACACGGAGGAAGCCACCUUUCCACAGGCUGAGGACCUCUAUCUCGCCUUCCCACUGGCCUUCUGCAUCUUCAUGGUGCGGCUUAUCUUUGAGAGAUUUGUAGCCAAACCAUGUGCCAUCGCCCUCAAUAUUCAGGCCAAUGGACCACAAAUUGCGCAGCCCAAUGCCAUUCUGGAAAAAGUCUUCACUGCGAUUACAAAGCAUCCUGAUGAGAAGAGACUGGAGGGCCUCUCCAAGCAACUGGACUGGGAUGUGCGAAGCAUUCAGCGCUGGUUUCGACAGCGGCGCAAUCAGGAGAAGCCCAGCACCCUGACGAGAUUCUGUGAAAGCAUGUGGAGAUUUUCAUUUUACCUCUACGUAUUUACCUAUGGAGUCCGGUUCCUGAAAAAGACCCCCUGGCUGUGGAAUACAAGGCACUGCUGGUACAACUAUCCCUAUCAGCCACUCACAACUGACCUUCACUACUAUUACAUCCUGGAGCUGUCAUUUUAUUGGUCUUUAAUGUUUUCCCAGUUCACUGAUAUCAAAAGGAAGGACUUUGGCAUCAUGUUCCUGCACCACUUCGUAUCUGUUUUACUGAUUACCUUUUCUUACGUCAACAAUAUGGCCCGAGUAGGGACCCUGGUCCUUUGUCUUCACGACUCAGCUGAUGCUCUUCUAGAGGCUGCCAAAAUGGCAAAUUAUGCCAAGUUUCAGAAAAUGUGUGACCUCCUGUUUGUGAUGUUUGCCAUGGUUUUUAUCACCACACGACUGGGUAUAUUUCCUCUCUGGGUGUUAAACACCACAUUAUUUGAGAGCUGGGAGAUCGUUGGACCUUACCCUUCCUGGUGGGUUUUUAACCUACUGCUGUUGCUAAUACAAGGGUUGAACUGCUUCUGGUCUUACCUGAUUGUAAAAAUAGCUUGCAAAGCUGUUUCAAAAGGCAAGGCUGGGAAGUGGAACCCUUUACAUGUGUCCAAGGAUGAUCGAAGUGAUAUUGAGUCUAGCUCAGAUGAGGAGGACUUGGAACCUCCGGGGAAGAACCCUCACACCACAACAACUACCAAUGGGACCGGUGGUACCAAUGGGUAUCUCCUGACCGGUCCUUGCUCCAUGGAUGAUUAAUUACUCAAAACUAUACAUCCCGAACAAAGUGAACUGUUUGUUCCUGGAAGUAUUUAAUAAGUUGCAAAUGCAGUUCCUUUCAUGAUAUCUCAGCAACAGAAACAAAAAUUAGGAUUAUCAAAGCAUUUUUGAAUAGUGCACUGCCAUAUGUCCUGUUUGUGAAUGAAGAAGAAAUAUCAUUCUCUAUAUGUAGGCAUGCUGUAUGUAUUUGACACAAGGGAACAGUAUUUGCAUUUGUACUGUCUUAGAAUAUUAUUUAUUUUUUUGUAUUUGUUUGUAAAUCUGUGGACAAAAAAAGGGUUUCCUCACUCCUUUUACUCUCCGGGUUCAUGACAGUGAAGGAGAUGCUCCAUCUGCUUCUACCCCUCUCUCUUGCUGUAGUCCAGUGUGCUGUGAGCCUCAGCUUAGUUUGUCACUUAGCACAAGCAAAACCCAGCGCAGAACUCUUGAACAGCUACAAAUAGGUUUGCUUUCUUUGUGUAACUGUGCCCAUUUUGAAGUUUGCCUAUACAGUUGGUGACCAUUCUCCAGUGUAAAGUAUAAAGGAUGAACUAGGUUUUUAAAAUGUCACUCAUCAUGGUCACUGAGCAGUUCAAGUUAAACAGGGUGUUCUUGGGGAACUGUUUUGAAUUUGCAUCAAAUCACUUUGGAAUAUAUUUUAUUUCUUGUGCACGCAGCCAAGAUUUCUUCAUUGAAUGUUGUGGCCAGUUGAGCUUUAGCCUUGUAGUUUACAGUUUUUUUUUUAUUCUCUGUGAUGAGGUGAGGGCUCUGACACUGAAGGAAGAUGUCUCCUUAAGCUCAUGGCUACAAAUAAAGAAAUUACGGUUAAUGUUGGGAAUUUGCUCCACAUUCUAGGAGUAACAAAAGAGAGCACUGAUUUCAACCAGAUUUUGCCACUACCCUUGUGAUUGGCACAGUCUUCUGUUAUAUCAUGAGAAAAGAAGCCAAGUGUAUUUGGGGACAGAAAAAGGAGUCUUUCAAGAGUUGGCAAGGGCCACUUCCAGGGCAAAGCACUUUCUUAACAAACAGCUCUCAAGGAAAAGCCUAUCUGGUAUCAGACUUGAUGUUUUUAUUUUGCCAGGCAAAAUAAAGCCAAUGGAAGAUAACUGGCCCAUUGCUUUUCUCACCCACAAUGACAUUCUUGUUUCUAGAAACUGGGCAGUGUUGCACUCCAAGUCCUUUUUAUUAGCUUCUUUGAAGACUUGUUUAUUUCCAAGAAUUUUGUUCAAAUGGAGGUAUUUCCAGAAAGACAACAGAAAGUCUUUUGGACAAUGGCAAUAUCAGUGAUGAGGAAAAUUACUGAAUUAUAAAUCUCCAUAAACGUCUAUAGCAGUGUUAUUUGUGUAUGGAUUAAAAAAAAAUCAUACACGUCAGCCAAAGAUUUUAUCUCUUUUCUUCUAAAUUUUAAUAAGAGGGAAUAAAAUAGGAUUAUAAAUACUUAUUUUACAAAUGAAAAGACUGUCACCUAAAACAGGAAUCCAAAGCAAAAAUGCAGUAAUAUAAAUGUGAGAAUUGGCACUGUGAAGACAACAGCAAAAUCUAGAGAGAGUGCAUGUCCCAUUGCUUAAGAUCAUUCACAUUUAACUCGAUUUUUUUAAAAACUUAAAUCUUUGUGCCCACAUUUUGCAACUAGUGAAUCAAUAGUUAAAGAAUACUCCCAAAACCUCUCACUAUAACAUUAGAUCUUUCCCUUACGAUAUAGUGUUUGUGGUAUGGUCCAUAGUAAUAAUCAAAGAGGCUUAGAGCUAUGUCGGUUGUUCAUAUAGGAACAGUGAACUCAUUCUGCUUGUGGAGCCUUAUUGUUUUAUUUCAUGAGACAGACAAAUGUCUAGAAGUGUAAUUUGUGGAUGGUGGAGAUUGUGAGGCCAGUCACAGAACACCAGAAGUAUUUAGUCAUCAGAAUAACGCUCAAAAACAGGCUUAUUUUUUGUGGGGGUAAGGGAGUACCUGAGAUUGAACUCAGGGGCUCUUGACCACUGAGCCAC